AUGCCCCCCGCUGUCAGCAGCAAGGGCAAGGCCAAGUCAGGCUCAAAGGCUGCCGGCGCCCCACGCAGUCGCAAUACCACACCACUCCCCAAUGCCCGCCCCUCGGUCGAGCCCUCCACAGCGUCGACCUACUUUAGCAAACCGCUCAGCUCCUACCUCAGAAAGUCCGAGUCCACCGUCGAAGAUAUCUUGGACAGUGCGGGUACCAGCUCACAAAUACCAUCUGGCUCCAAGCUGGUGGCGCUACGCGACCAGAUCGAGAAGACGGUGCUCAAGCAUGUCGAGGCACGCUGCACACAAUCCGAAGGCGCCCUCAGGGAGCUGCAGAGCAUCCGCAAGAACCGUACGCCGAGAGAGAGGGACAAGGACAAGGAGGCAGACGAUCGUGACCGCAAGCACAAGCUCAAGAAAGUGAGCAAGAAGCACGAUGAGGAUGGCAAGCAUCCGCCCACGACGGGCGCCCAUGGUGUCGCCAGGCAAGACGGCGUGGACCCCAAAGACAAUUCGUCAUCCAUGUCCUCGCCUAUAUCACAAGCUCCCCCUUCAGCCGGCGGUGCAGCAGCUGCGGAGGCUCCCUCUCCCACUGGGUCAGAUAUCUCUCACCAACCCGCGCCCGCGCCUGCAUUGCCUCAACAUCAGACCUUUGGUCCAGAUCCAUGCAAGUUCGAUGACCCUACUAUAUAUCACAUACGCGAGGUCACACCAGGCAUGACGGAUGAGGAGAAGAAAGAGAUAUAUUGCGUCGCAGAGUUUCCUCCAUCAGAUCUACGUGACAGGAUUGCUGGUCUGCCGCCUGACAAGGAUUUCUCCAACGCAAAACCUGCCGCACAGGUCAACGCCACGGUCUUUGCAAAUUACGUGGAGCCCUACAUAAGACCUUUGACCGAGGAAGAUGUCGCCUUUCUAAAGGAGCGAGGUGAUCGAAUAGCACCUCGACUCCAACGAUCAACGGCCGGCGCCCAACGUACCUCGUGGGGCAGCGGAUGA